GAAAAGAUUGUUCAAUAGUGCAUUUUAUUGCUCUGCAGAAACAAAGGGAUAGUUUGCAGUCAAGUCAAAUUUUCUAUCCUAAUAAUUUGUUCUUACUCAUCUUGGAGAAUCAGAUCAAGUUGACUAGUGGGUUGCUUGAAAGUACCAGUUAAUGUAUCUGAGUUGUUGAGGAAGAUUAGAUCUAGCUACGAUGGAAGAUGUUGCUCAAUCUUCCGGGAAUAUCAGGCAACCGAAUCUGUUGAAAAGGCAUCUGGCGGAGGUGAUUUGCAGGAGGAUGCCGCUGAGAACGAUUUCUCUGUGGGGGAGGAAGUGGGGGAAAGAUGCGCGCUGUGAGUCUGCCUUCCUUACCAUUGACAAGGCUAUGGGGAAGAUAUUUUCGGUUUUCACGCCUUUUUGUUCGGCGGAUGGUACCGAUCAUGAGGAAAUACUGGAAAAAAUUGCUUCAGUACUGGACCUGGAUCUUGUUUGGUGGGACGAAGAUGAUGAGAUUAUAUGGGAAAAACUUGUUCCUCUAGUCCAGCCUGGUUGUGCUUGGGGGACAUGCGGUACUGAUGAUAAUGGUCAGAAAACAUUGGACAAGUCGACAGUACUGAAGUUAGAUGAUUUCCACCAGGCGAUCACUGAAACCCUGGACGGGAUUCGGGGGCAAUCAUUCCGGCAAGAAAUCGAGCAGCUUUUCCGAAUACUGUCAGGUGGUUCGCUGCAAAUUACUUGCUCUUAUGAGGAUCUCGAACUUCUUAAGGAUAUGAUUGAUUCCCUCUCUCACAAUUGGCUACUACUUGAGAAAACAAGCGCGUCGCAUGCUGGAGCAGUGGUGAGUUCAGGAAUCUCUGGUUGCUUCUCCUGGGAUUGUUUCAAUGCAAAAGCAAGAUUCUUGAUGAACUUGCUGAUUUUUGCCAUAUACAGAGGAGUCGAGCGAGGGCUGAUGGAAUCAUUGUUGACUCACAUUCAAGGCUUUGCUGUCGAUGCUGCGCGUUCCAUAUUCAUGUUUAGUUGCGACCAAGAUUUUCAGGUUAUUGCCGAACUUGGAAGUAAACCCCUGGUUUGUGGAAUGUAUGUAAAAGUCUUGCAAGCUUCAAAAUUGACGCUCUCACCCCUGAAUUCAACUCCAGCCCUUAAUAGACUUGCCUUGCGGGAGUUGGUUGAUUCUCUUCUCUCUCUUCUUUGGCAGCUAUUGCCCUUCAAUGAUCUCCAUGUGCGCUUCGUCAACCCGGCACAGCGCGCCUUCUCUUCCUUUUUGCCCUCCAACGAUUUAUCAUCGUUUUAUGCUUCAUUCCUCAAAAAUAUACAGAAGGCAAUAGUACCCUCCGUUUACAGGCUUACAGAAAUCUUUCACCAUCAAAUGCAGAAACUCUACGGGGGACUGACUUUCUUGAAAGCUAUUCUGGAUCAGCAAGGAAAUGAUCAGUUUGAUGAGCUGUAUAAUAAAAAGCAAGGUCUCAUCAGAUCUGCGACUUGUGAGGCUGGAAUCAUUAUCUUCUACCUUUUUGAAGGAAACCAAGAAGGAGGGUCGUCGGUGAAAAAAUUAGAGGCUCUCUUUUCAAAGUUGGAGAAAAGCUUUGAACUGAUCCGGGAACUAGCAACACAGAUACACCCACUUCCACUAUUGUCAGCAGCACCCUUUCCUCAGACCAACCUCUCGGGUUGUAUUCAUUCGGUAUUGCAGAAAAUGAAGUCAAUCAGUGAAGAUAAGUUUCAAACUGUCCAAGAUGAUGUUACGUUUGUAACAUCUUUUCUUGAGUAUGUUGUGCAGCAAUUUAACCAAAAUGAGAAGCUCCAAGCUCUCCAGAGUCGCAUUGCUGCCGUAGCAUAUGAGACUGAGUUUUUCCUGGAUUCUUUAGUGAUUGGAGAAGCUCUUCAGAGUCUUGUUGUGAUACUUGAUGCAAUCACACAAGAGAUCAAGCUCAUUAAGGCUGAGGUUGAGGCCUCACAGACAUUUCAUGCUCAGAAGCAAAUCACCCGAGUUGGUAAAACUUCCAGCAGGAUGCGACCGGCAGGUGAUCAUGUCCCGCUCCUCAAUGAGGUUUCAGUGGGUUUGAAAGAUGAGACACAAACUAUAAUCUAUCGACUCAAAAGAGGAGUGAGUAACAAACUGGACAUUGUUUCCAUUGUGGGUAUGCCCGGAAUAGGCAAAACAAACAUGGCUAUGAAGGUUUAUGGUGAUUCCUCCAUUUCCUAUCACUUCCAUGUUCGUUCGUGGUCUCGUGUUUCUCAGGUAUUCAACAAGAAAAGUGUACUACUUGAGAUUCUGAGUUGCCUUCCGGAAAAGCAUGUCCAUCAUUCAGAAAAGAGUGAAGAUGAUUUGGCUCUAGAUCUCUACCGAAGUUUAAAGGGAAAAAGGUAUCUCAUUAUAUUGGAUGAUGUGUGGGAUGUUGCAGUGUGGGAUAGCUUGAGAAUUGUUUUCCCGGAUGAUUCAAAUGGAAGCAGAAUCCUCUUGACAAGUAGACAUGCUGACGUGGCUUUGAAAAUUAAACCAGAUAGCCAGCCUCUCCGUCUUCGUCUGCUAAGUGAUGAUGAAAGUUGGGAACUAAUGCAGAAGAACACAUGUUUUGGAGAAGGUUGUCAUCCAGAACUACUUAAACGCGGGAUGGCAAUAACAAAACAUUGCAGGGGGUUGCCGCUAAUGAUUUUGAUAGUCGGUGGACUUCUUUCAAAUAUAGAGCCAGAUACUUGGGAGGAAGUCGAACAGAAUUUGGAGAAAGGUACUCUAUCACUUACAGAACAAUGCCGGGAGACUUUGGAGUUAAGCUAUCAACAUCUGCCUGAGCAUUUGAAGCAAUGUUUCCUUUACUUUAGAGCGUUCCAAAAGGACCAAAUCCUGGUCCGAAAAGUGUUAUGGUUAUGGAUGGGUGAAGGAUUCGUCGUUAAGCAAACUGAAAGUCAAUGCUUAGAGGAUGUUGCCAGGAGCUACAUGAUGGAAUUAAUCCAAAGAAAUUUAGUGAUGGUUGGAAAGAAAGGAUCCAGAGGUAGGGUCAAAUCUUGCAUCCUUCAUGAUAUAUUGUAUGACUUUUGCUUGGAAAAGUGCAUUGAAGCACAUUUUAUGCACUGCCCGCGCAUGAAUGAUUCAGGUACUUCCAUUAAGCCAAACAUAUUAUUAUAUCGGCUGUGUCUUCACUCCUGGAGGGGAGAAGGUUUUGCGUGGUCAAGGUUACGCACUCUGCUCGUUAAUGAUCACGGUAGAUGCCAUCCAAAACACUGGUACGAUAUGUUGCACCAGUUUUGGCAGUCGAAACUUUUAAGAGUUUUGGACCUUAGAACAAUCAACAUUGGCCACUUCUUUCUCACCGGAAUAGAAUUGCUUCUUCACUUAAGGUACCUGGCUUUGAAGAUUGAAGGUGAAGCUAUUAUCAUUCCACCAUCAAUUGCUAAUCUCUCAAAUUUGGAGACUUUUAUUUUUGAUUCAGUAAAUUUCAAUUUAUCACUACCAGAUACUAUAUGGACUAUGAAAAAUUUAAGGCAUCUGCACUUGACUGGAUUUGCUCAUCUGAAGUUACCGGAAGAGAAUCCUGAAUACGCCUCCAAUUUGGAGAAUUUAGAAACUCUUUCAACUGUACAAUUUUCUAGUGUCCAGAAAAUGAAUGAGGCGCUGAGGAAGUUCCCCAAGGUCCGCAGAUUUAAAUGCAGCCUCCUUAAGGUAGGAGACAUUGAAGAAUGCACGAUUCUAGCACUAGACGCAAUGAACCAACUUGAAUCACUCACCAUCUUUCCAACUCGCUCAUCAGAUUUUCAGGAUAGGAUGCUUGAAUCACCAAUUCCAGGAUUUCGGGAUUAUUUGAACUUUCAGUUUCCGCAGAAUCUGAAAAAGCUAGCUAUAUCAGGCUUUCAACUUCCGUGGAGUAGAAUUUCCGCAAUUGAUGGACUGCCUCAUCUCGAGGUCCUCAAGCUACUAAGCCAUGCCUUUUCAGGGGAAGAGUGGUAUGUAGAAGAAGGAAAAUUCCCCAAACUUAGAUAUCUGAAAUUGUCAGGCUUGGAUUUAGCCAGGUGGAUAUCCCCGGAGGAUGACAGUUUUCCCUGUCUCGAGAAAUUAGUAAUGGAAAGAUGCCGAUGGUUGGCCGAAGUCCCGACCUGCUUAGCCAAUGUUUUAACUCUUCAAUCGAUUGAGGUAACUGGCUGUGAAUCUGUCGCCGGUGCAAUCGAGGAAAUCAAGGAAAUGCAGAUGGAUACGGGAAAUGAUGAUCUGAAGGUCCUCAUCAAACCUUCACUGGAGGAUGAAAAUCCUACCACAUCAUUUUCAGAUUUUAUUGAAGGGCAGAAAAACUUUUUCCUUCAGUUCGGCAAUAAAUUCGUGGAAGAUAUACAGAGAGCCAGAAAUAGAAGACAAUAAACAUCUGAAAGUCAAGUUAGGAGGAGGAUGAACAGCAAGGUGUUGCAGAAGGUUCUUCUUCUCUCCAUUCUCAUGGCUUUAACCUUCACCACACUACACCAUCCAAUUGUCCUCUUUCUCAACAAAUCCAUCACUUUUUGUUUGUUUAUCUCUUGGGGAGCUUUUCAAGUAUCAUUAACUGUGUCUGUUUCGUUAAUCUUCUUUACAAUGUUUUGGAAAGAAAAUUGAACUAUAUCAUCAGCCUUCAGCCAGACUAUGGCGUAACCCUAUUGUACUAUAUUGUUGUUGUAACCUGUUUCUUACCAAUUCUGUAAAUUGAGUGCUUGAUUCAAUCAGCUUGAUCUAUUCCCAUUUUCCACGCUGAGGAAUUACUAGCCUUAAUCGCUAGGUAACUGAUUCAUCAGUAGACAUCUACAUAAUUCGACUCCUUAAGUGCAUUCUUGUUUACUGCAUAAUCUUUAAGUCUCUCCUACAUAUUCUGAGUAGAAACUUUUUGAACCCUAGUUUUUACGACAACAAUUCGAUUUCGGCCUAAUGUGAGUUUAAUGGUUACAAAUAUUUACUCUCUUGAAUUUGAAAGACAAGCAUGGAAUAUCUGUUGUAUCAUAAGGGAUGAAAGAAGAAUACCAGUCUUGUUAGUUGGCUCCCCAUCCGUCGGAGUCACCAACAUCCAUCUAGUUAAAACCAAGUAGAAAAAUGCAGGAGAGAGUGGGUGAAGUUAUUUUUCAGUAUUUAAAACCAUCUCGGCCAGAGGAAAGGCAAAAGACCACUGAAAAUGAUGACCACAUGGUCACUGAAUCAACAGAAACUGAACAUUAAGAUUCAUUACACUGGCAUAGUUAAUCAUUAAUCACAUCCAACAUCACUUGUUAAAGCAUAAUCCAAGCUUCAGAAUAAGACUCAUGUAGGAGAUGAUAAGAUUCCGAACAGACAUCAAACAGAAAAGAAUCGAAAAGGAAGCACUUUGAAUUUAAUGGAAUCUGCUUGCACUUGUUUUUGGCUUAAAUCCAGAGCUAUUGGGAGGCCAGAUAGGGGCACCCUUUUAAGCUUUUUUCACUGAGAAAAGCCAGAAAGGAACUAAAAAUGCUUCACACUGAGCAUCUUUUCUCGAUGAAGGUUAAAAAAAGAUCGGUCAGGAAGAUUUAUUAACACUAUCCAGAGCAAAUACAACAAAAGUUAUGGAUCCAUAUGCAAUGAUCUACAUACUUUAGUGUGACACUGCAAAAUCCAAAACCAGCAGCGACAAUAUUAAUCCAGAACAACAAAGUAAGCUUCUUUCUCAGGGAUGAUGAUUCGGUGGAAAAGGAAAUGGUAAUAAAACCUAAGAAGGAUGAACCUUUUUAGAGUUAGAAGAAAUGGCCCUGAGGGCAGAUUUCAUGGAAGCAGUAGCCGAAUUAACAGCAGCUUCAAUGUACUUCUUGGAAGCAAUUGUGGCAGCUUUCUCCAUAGAUUUCCCCAUCUUUCUAGCACCUUCACCUAAACUCACCAAACCAUCAUAUUCAGCUUGAGCAGUCCUGUUCAUUUCCUCUUCAAAACGCCGGAAUUCUUCCAUGGCACUCUCCAUCACAGAAUCCAGAUAAUCCUCUGUUUCCUCCAUGUAAUGCUCUGCUUCCUCCACUUCUUUCUCCUGCUCCAGUUCCAUGGCUGCCCAUGCCUUGUAAGACUCCAAUUCAAACAGCCUCAUCAGAUCUUCUAUGGUGGCCGGAUCAAAGUUCUUGUCUUGGAGAGCCUGAUCGGAUAGAAAGCUGAACUGGGUAAUCAAAGCUUCCAUUUUUUUUGAUUAUGGUAGAUCUUCUUCUGAUGGUUUGGUUUUAGUGUUUUACUGGUUGAAGUGAGAAGAUGAGCAGUGAGUGGAGCAAAUGGAGAGAAUCAAUUAAAGGGAAGUAUCCAAUUCCUCAACUUCUCAAUUAUGAACUAUCCUCUCUCUCAAGUCUUUAUACUGCCACAGAAGUUUAUCGCUUGCAUUAUUGUAUUAAAGUAAGAGGAAAUCAAUGGGAUACAGAGUACGAUGUAAAGGUAAUCUUUCAGUGUAGAAUUCUUUGGCAAAAAAGUAUUUACUUUGCAACGGUAUGGUAUAUACUGGCAUUACCCUUUAAUCAUUCCACUAUUAUUCGUCUUUUAUGUAAACGUUAAAAGAGAAAUUUUUCUUCCAUGCACAAUGGAAACUUCUACAUGGAUGAUUGAACAUCAAUUGUUCCCAUUCCUG